GCAGCAAAAGUAUAAGAAGCGUGGCUUGGCCAGAAGGAAGAGAGCCAGUGGAGCUGCAGAAGAGAUGGCCGGCUGCCUAAAAGCUUCCUGGAAACCAAGACUCAGGAGUUUGUUCCUGGGAACGGCUCAGCUCCUCUGGUUCAGCGCCUUGAUCUCUGAGCUUGUAACCCAGAAGGAAGUGGCAGCGUGGACCUACAACUACAGCACAAAAGCAUACUCGUGGAAUGUGUCACGGGCAUUCUGCAGGAGGCACUUCACGGACUUGGUGGCCAUCCAGAAUAAGAACGAAAUCGCUCACCUCAACGACGUCAUCCCCUACUUCAGCUCUUACUACUGGAUUGGGAUCCGAAAGAUCCGUAACAAGUGGACCUGGGUGGGAACCAACAAGACGCUCACGGAGGAGGCAGAGAACUGGGCGGACAAUGAGCCCAACAACAAGCGGAACAACCAGGACUGCGUGGAGAUGUACAUCAAGAGUAACUUGGCCCCCGGCAGGUGGAAUGACGAGCCCUGCUUUAAACGGAAGCGCGCCCUGUGCUACACAGCCUCCUGCCAGGACAUGUCCUGCAGCAAGCAAGGCGAAUGCAUCGAGACCAUCGGGAACUACACGUGUUCCUGCUACCCGGGCUUCUACGGGCCAGAAUGCGAAUACGUCAAGGAGUGUGGAAAGUUUGACAUCCCGAAACACGUGCUCAUGAACUGCAGCCACCCUCUGGGGGACUUCUCCUUCAACUCACAGUGUGCCUUCCGCUGUGCGGAGGGGUACGAACUGAGUGGACCCAGCAGGCUGGAAUGUUUGGCUUCUGGAAUCUGGACAGAUGAACCCCCGCAGUGUAAAGCCGUGCAGUGCCGGAGCCUGGAAGCUCCUAUCCAUGGAACCAUGGACUGUGUGCACCCGCUUGCUGCCUUUGCCUACGGCUCCAGCUGUAAAUUUGAGUGUCAGCCUGGGUAUCAAGUGAGGGGCUCCAACACACUCCAUUGUACUGGCUCUGGCCAGUGGACUGAACCAUUACCAACCUGUGAAGCCAUUGCGUGCGCACCUCUGGAGAGCCCCGCGCACGGGAGCAUGGACUGCUCCCCGACGGCAGGAGCCUUUGAGUACAACAGCAGCUGCACUUUCCGCUGCGCAGACGGCUUCAAGCUGGAGGGAAGGGAUGCCGUUCAGUGCGCUGACUUGGGACAGUGGACAGCGCCAGCUCCAGUCUGCGAAGCCUUGCAGUGUCAGGAGUUUGCCAUUCCGAGUAAAGCCCAGGUGAGCUGCUCGGACCCCUUUGGUGCCUUGAAGUACCAGUCAGUCUGCAGCUUUUUGUGUGAGGAAGGCUCGGUCUUGGUGGGAUCAAGUGCGAUACGAUGCCUGGCCACCGGACGCUGGAGCGGGGAUCCUCCAGAAUGCCGAGCUGUCACCUGCGUUCCCUUGCUGGGCCCUCCCAAUGGAACGAUGACCUGUGUCCAGCCUCUGGGAGGCUCCGCUUACGAAUCCACAUGCCAUUUCAUCUGUGAUGAAGGGUUCUCUCUAUCUGGACCAGAAAGAUUGGACUGUUCUCCAUCUGGACACUGGACAGGCACCCCACCCUCGUGUGAAGCCAUCAAGUGUCCGGGAAUCUCCGCCCCAGAACAAGGCAGCCUGGAUUGUCUGCACGCUCACGGAGAAUUUGGUGUUGGCUCCACCUGCCGCUUCUUCUGUAACAAGGACUUUGAGCUAGAGGGGUCGAAGGACGUGGAGUGCACAGUUUCCGGAAAAUGGUCAGCUCCUCCACCAACCUGCAAAGGUGGAACAUCAGUUCCUUUCCCAGAGGUGCAGUGUCCCGCUCUCACUACGCCUGCACAGGGAACAAUGUCCUGCAGCCACCCGCUGGGGAGCUUUGGUCCCAACACCACUUGUUACUUUGGGUGCAAAACCGGAUUUACACUGAGAGGCGCCAACUCGCUCCAAUGCAGGACUUCAGGACAAUGGACAGCAGUGACGCCCACGUGCAGGGCCAUCAGAUGCUCAGAACUGCGCAUGGACACAGCAGUCGUGAAGAACUGUUCCAAUCCCUGGGGGGACUUUAGCUACGGAUCAACCUGCACCUUCCACUGCCCAGAGGGGCAGUCACUGAAUGGCUCUGCAAGGGCGACGUGCCGAGAGAAUGGCCACUGGUCAGCUUCCGUGCCGACCUGCCAAGCAGGGCCACUGACGAUGCAGGAAGCUCUGACUUACUUGGGCGCUGGGGUGGCUUCCACAACAGGUCUGGCAGUAGGCGGGACCCUCCUGGCUCUGCUCAGAAAGCGUCUCAGAAAGAAAGAUGAUGGAAAGUGCCCCUUGAGCCCUCACAGCCACCUUGGAACGUACGGAGUCUUCACUAAUGCUGCAUAUGACCCAACCCCUUGAGAGACCCGGUCUCCCAUCGCCUCAUUCAAUCUCUCAGGAUUCCGCACGCAGAUACCAAGCUUCCUGUCAGACUUGACCUUAACCCCACAGCCUUUGCUGCGGUUCUCUAUAAUUAAUCGGACAGGAACGGAAGCAGCGAAAGGACUGUGGACAUUCCCACCUCUCCACCCACCCCUUCCUGCUCCGCCCCUCGCCUUCCUCCAGCGCAGCCACAGACACAGGAGCGAAUGUUUCUGCUGUGGUCUGUGGCUUUGACCUUGCUGUCACUGAAAACGGGAGUUAGUCCACGGCCCUGGAGCGUCUGAAUCACCAGGCCACCCGACUCUGGGGAACCGGAGGUCUGCUCUCUCUUGGGAUUGGAGAGCGAGCGUUGGAGUGCAGGCAAACCUCUAGCUUAAGGGAACGCCGGCUGCGUGAUCUCCUGGGACUUCCGCCCGAUCUGUGUGGUUGUUUCUACCCCUGCUGCUGAGACUUUCUCACAGAAACUUCCAGAUGGUACCAGAGACCACAGAAGAUCGAGACCAGAGCCAGGGGGCCACGUUUGACUGCAUAACUUCCCUCCAAAGGCCAAUGUCUGAAUGUAUAAUUCAACGUUCCCAAGAGCCAUGCUCUUCAUGAUUUGUUCAGUAAGGUCUGUGUAUCUCACUCUGUCUACCACCGAUGCGACCACAGUUACAGUUGUCCAAAUAAAAGCCGGACCUUUCAGUGUGCCAGCAAAUACAUGUCAUGUGUCCCCUGUCCACAGGAAAAAAAAAAAAUCAGAAGAUCAGAGAAGGUCUUCAUUGCAUUACUGUUCUGCAGGAAAGAACAGAUUGCUUUAUAUGUAAUUUAAUUUACAUAUUUAAUAAAAAAGUCACUGAAAAUUA